AUGAGUGUUCUGCCGAUAGUCCUGCUGAACAAUCCUACCGCUGCGCUGUGGAAGUCGAGUGCCGUCACGGAUCCGAUUCGAGAUUGGCGUUCUGUUAACCAACAACAGCCAUUUUCAGUACACAUCAUGGCGGGCAACUCCUCCCACCCUAUCCACAUCCACCCGGUCCGACCGCUCUACCGCUUCACUGCGACUGCAUUGGGCGCUAGCAUGUGGUUCUUCCUCAUGUACCGGGCCAAGAAGGAUGGUCCCGCUCUGUUGGGCUGGAAGCACCCUUGGGACCACUGA